AUGUCGAUGUGGUUUUUUUUUCUUCAUCUCAUUUUUAUCUUCGUGCUAUCAUUAAUCUUGGUGUGUUCUAUUCCAGAUGAGUACAUCAAGUGUUCAUCAUUAAACAACACAAAUUGCACCCUCACGAACGCCUAUGGCAUUUUCCCGGAUCGAUCAGUCUGCAAAGCCAGAGGUGUAACCUACCCUACUACAGAGGAAGAGCUCAUUUCAACAGUGGCGUAUGGAACAAGGUACGAAAUCCCAAUGAAGGUGGCAACUCGUUAUGCUCACAGCAUUCCCAAGCUGGCUUGUCCGCGCGGCGAAGAAGGGUUGAUCAUCAGCACCAAGAACCUCAACCACGUGGUGGAGAUCAACGUCGAAGAGCUGACAAUGACGGUGGAGAGUGGCGCGACACUUCGGCAGCUGAUCAGUGAGGCCGCUAAGGUUGGCUUGGCCUUGCCUUACACACCGUAUUGGUGGGGGUUGAGCCUUGGAGGGUUGUUAACGACUGGUGCACACGGUAGUACAUUAUGGGGGAAGGGAAGCGCGGUUCAUGACCAUGUAGUAGGACUUCGGAUUGUGAGUCCCGGUGGACCUGAAGACGGUUAUGUCAAGGUCAGGAUUCUCAGUCAUGGUGAUGAAGAUCUCAAUGCAGCUACAGUUUCGCUUGGAGUUCUUGGAGUAAUUUCACAGGUGACUUUGAGUCUACAACCCAUGUUUAAGAGAUCCAUCACAUAUUUGAGCAAGGACGAUUCCGACUUGGGAGAUCAAGUGCUUGACUUUGGCAAGCAGCAUGAGUUUGCAGACAUAACUUGGCAUCCCAGCCAGCGCAGGGCAGUCUAUCGGAUAGAUGAUCGCGUCUCACCGAACACUUCGGGCGAUGGUUUAUACGAUUCCAUUGGUUUCCGACCCACCUCAUCACUUGCACUAGCAGUCAUCAGGACCACAGAGGAGAAUCAAGAAUCCAUGAAUGACGCUUUUGGGAAAUGCUCUAGUGCAAAGUUGUUCACUUCUGGAUUACUAGCCACUGCUUAUGGUUUAACAAAUGAUGGUGUGCUCUUCACUGGCUACCCCGUUAUUGGAUAUCAGAACCGGAUCCAAUCAUCAGGGGCUUGUCUUGAUGCUCCUGACGAUGCAAAAAUCACAGCAUGUGGAUGGGACUCGAGGAUCAAGGGUGAAUUUUAUCAUCAAACAGCAUUCACCAUUAGCUUCUCCGUGGUCAAAAACUUCAUUCAAGAUGUGCAAAAGCUAGUUGAGAUUGCACCUGAAUCCCUAUGUGGAACGGAAAUGUAUAAUGGAUUUCUACUGCGCUACGUUACUGCCUCAACUGCUUACCUUGGCAAGCAAGACGAUGGCGUAGAUUUUGACAUCACGUAUUAUCGAAGCCGAGAUCCCAUGAUUCCUAGGCUGUAUGAAGGAAUACUUGAAGAAAUAGAGCAAAUGGCUGUGUUCAAGUAUGAAGCAUUACCCCAUUGGGGAAAAAAUAGGAACGUAGCGUUUGAUGGGGUGAUCAAGAAGUACAAGAAAGGUGAAGAGUUCUUGAAGGUUAAAGAUGUGUAUGACCCGAUGGGGCUGUUCUCUAAUGAAUGGACUGAUCAGGUCCUCGGACUCAAGGGUGAGGUGACUAUAGAAAAAGAGGGGUGUGGGCUAGAAGGGCUGUGCAUUUGCUCAGAGGACAUUCAUUGUGCCCCAAGCAAUGGCUAUUUCUGCAGACCUGGCAAAGUGUUUCGGGAUGCAAGGGUUUGUACACCUUGA